AUGGACCCGUUAACACUUGAACAAGCUGGCAAUUAUGCCAAUCGUUGGAAUUAUGCUGAUAAUUAUUAUGGUACAACAUCUGAACAAUAUUACAGAUAUGCCGGAUCAAUGAGUGCAUUUCCAUUACCCAAUUGGAUGACACCUGAAUCAUCUAAAGCUGUUUCUCAAUAUAAUAAUUGGCAUCAUUCAAAUACACAUGGUCAAGCAGCAGCAUUUUCCAGUACUUAUCCACAUUCACAUCAUUUUUCUAAUUUUUCAAAUACAUAUUUUCCUCCCACACCACCAAAAGAUCAAGAUGUUGAUGCUUUAAAAUUAAAUUCAGUUAAUAAUACGGAUUCAAGUAAAAAUUCAACAGAAUUAUUUAAUAUAACAAAUAAUUCAUCAAUUAAUUUAUCAACCGCUUCUUCAACUUCUCCAUCGCCUUAUUCUUCACAUCAACAUCAACAACAACAACAGCAACAAAAUGAUAUUACAAAUAAUUGGGCAUUAUUCAAAGAUCCUCUCAAUUCAUUAUGGCCAUUAAAAUCACCCGACAAUAAUAAACAAUCAAAGAAAAAAUCUAGUCAAGAAGGUCGAGAGUGUGUCAAUUGUGGUGCAAAAUCUACUCCACUUUGGCGACGUGAUGGUAAUGGAAAUUAUUUGUGUAAUGCUUGUGGUCUCUAUCAUAAAAUGAACGGUCAUAAUCGACCACUUAUUAAACCAAAACGAAGAUUAUCUACAGUGAAAAAAAGUGGUGUACAUUGUUCAAACUGUAAUACAGCAACAACAACACUUUGGAGAAGAAAUGGAAAUGGUGAAUCAGUGUGUAAUGCAUGUGGAUUAUAUUACAAAUUACAUAAGGUAAUGUGA